GUUGUAAGCGAGGAGAGUGAGGAGGAAAGCAAUGGUGUCAACUUGAUGGAGUUCUCAGAUGAGAUCCUUCUGCACAUCCUCAGCUACGUCCCUUGCACAGACCUUGUUCUGAAUGUCAGGAGAACCUGCAGGAAACUUGCAACGCUUUGCCUUGACAAGAGUCUAACACAUACAGUUCUCCUUCAGAAGGACUAUAAGGUGAACAAGGACAAAGUGAAGCAGCUGAUGAGGGAUAUUGGGAAGGAGAUUUACCAGCUGAACAUGGCUGGGUGCUACUGGCUGCCCAGCUCCACCAUCGAUCACGUAACACGCUGCAAGAACCUGGUGAAGCUCAACUUGUCCGGGUGCCACGUCACCUCUCUCCGGCUCUCCAAGAUGCUCUCCACGCUCCAGCACCUGCGCUCCCUGGCCAUCGAUGUCAACCCGGGCUUUGAUGCCAGCCAGCUGAGCAGUGAGUGCAAAGCCACCCUCAGCCGUGUCUCGGAGCUGAAGCAAACCCUCUACACGCCGUCGUACGGCGUCGUCCCGUGCUGCACGAGCCUUGAGAAACUGCUGCUUUAUUUUGAGAUCCUCGACCGCUCGCGAGAGGGGUUCAUGCUCUCUGGGCAGCUGAUGGUGGGCGAGAGCAACGUGCCCCACUACCAGAACCUCCGCAUCUUCUAUGCCAGGCUGGCUCCUGGCUACGUCAACCAGGAGGUGGUGAGGCUGUACUUGGCAGUGCUGAGUGAUCGGACGCCUGAGAACCUCCACGCCUUCCUGAUCUCUGCCCCCGGCAGCUUUGCGGAGACGGGAGCCACCAAAAACCUCCUGGACUCCAUGGCUCGAAAUGUACGUCUGGACGCUUUACAAUUGCCCAAAGCCUGGAUUAACGGCUCCGGGCUCCUGCAACACUUGAAGUUCAACAACCCUUUCUACUUCAGCUUUAGCCGAUGCACCUUAUCUGGUGGGCACCUGAUCCAGAGGGUCAUUAAUGGAGGGAAGGAUCUUAAAAGCCUGACCAGUUUGAAUCUCAGUGGCUGUGUUCACUGUCUGGCUCCGGAGUCCUUGUUUCGGAAAGCAGAAGAUGACAUUGACAGCAGCAUUUUGGAAAGCCUGGUAGUGUCUUGCUGCAACCUGAGGCACCUCAACCUGUCUGCAGCUCACCAUCACAGCUCUGAAAGCAUUGGGAACCACCUGUGCCAGCUGCUGUCCAGGCUAAAGCACCUGCUCUCGUUAGCACUGCCGGUUUGCUCCAUCACAGAUGUUGCUGCAACUGUGGAGAAGCCUCCCACUGCUCCUAGUUUGGUGCCCCAAACAUUUGGAAGGAAAGUUCGGAUUGGGAUACAGACAUAUCCAAGGAACUUAGCGGACCAGGCAAAUCAGAAGAUAGAGUCCUCAGUGUUCUGGGCUCUGAUGGGAAGCCUCCGGUUUUUGGAAACCUUGGAGAUAAUUGGGUCCAGUUUCUCCUCUGCCAUGCCCCGCAACGAGCCAGCAAUUCGGAACUCGUUGCCUCCUUGUGUCAGGGCACAAAGUGUGGGGGAUUCAGAGGUGGCUGCCAUUAGCCAAUUGACUUACCUGCAGAGCCUCACCUUAGCACAGCUGCCAAAUAUUCUCACUGGCUCUGGGCUCGUUAACAUCGGGCUGCAGUGCCAGCACCUGCGGACUCUUUCCUUGGCCAACCUGGGCAUGAUGGGGAAGGUGGUCUAUAUGUCUGCUCUCAUGGACAUGCUGAAACACUGCAAGUGUUUGAGAGAUCUCAGGCUGGAACAGCCGUACUUCUGUGCGGGCGCCCAGUUCUUCCAGGCACUGAGUCACUGCUCCUCUCUCCAGCGGCUUUGCAUCGUCUCCCGGAGCGGGACUCUGCAGUCUGACGCAGUGAUGUCAUUCAUGGCCAACUGCCUUGAGGUCAUCAUGUGCCACAUGUUUAUGGGAGAAUCUCUUACCGUUUGCAAAAAUCUCCAGCAAUCCAUUGUGCGGAGUUUCCAGGCAGAACGCCCUGCAUUAAAUGUCGUCAUUUUCCCUCUGCUUCAUGAGGACUUGACAGAGGUCAUCAGAGAUGUCCCCAUGCGGCACUUGGAUGAAAUUACCUUGUUUAAGAGCAGAGUGGCCGAGGAACCUCCCAAUUUGUGGUGGUGACUGUCACAGCAGGGAAAGGACAAGUCAGCGUGAACACAUGGAAUAGCUUCUUGUUGGCCUGGAUUGCCCGUCUUCGGCUCCUGGCCACCUCACUGGAUGCUGUACAAUCACUUUAACCAGGUGCAAUUGCAAAAUAAUAAUAAAGAAAAAAGCUGGUCCUUUGCAGUGGGGAAAAAUCUGUUGGAUGUUUGCUUGCAUCUGAAAAUCCUGUCUCAAAGGCUUCUGGAAUCUUGAUGAGUAUUUCCUUGCGGUUGAUAUGAAUUGUUUCGUUAUUUUGCUGAAGUUAAAGGUAAGAGAGACUGACUUAACGAUGCUCUUUCCCCCGUGUCGCCUGGUGUCUUUCCCAAGGGCCCCUGUGUACGUUGGCAGUGUGCUUUGUGAUGUUGGUGGAAAUCAUUCUUUGCUUCGGUCUGUUUUUGGCAAAGUAGAAAGCCUAGGCCAGCUGAGAGGCACAAAAAUGUGUUGCUCAAUUGAAGCGCAUCACAUCUUUUCUAUGUUACAAAUAGGCAUUUGUAGUCACACACGUGCAGUCCUGGAUAUUUAAAGGGUUUUUUUGAUGGAGAAGUACCACAAGGACUCUUCUUUUUAUUUUUAAAUAACAAAUUAAGGUCAUUAACCCCUCAACCAUGGUAUAUUCUUGCUGAUGCUGUUUCCAGUGGUCUGGUGGAAGAAGUUCUCAGCUCUUUUGGAAAUCCUUGUCUUAGGGUAGAUGGUGCCUACAGUAAAUAAGUUGAGGCUCAGAUCUGAUUUAUAUGCAGUCUGUCUUGCAGUGUAGAUGGGAAUGUAAUGUUCCAGUUCUGUCCUUAUAUCCCAUGCCUUGAGCUCAUGCUAAUUUUAGAGAUGUUAUGAAGUAUUUUCACAGUGUGAUUUCUGUCGGCUUCUCUGCUCCACAGAACUUCCUCAGGCAUCAGUAGUGGUCUGGAUCACUUUCAUAUUGCCUUAUUUACUGAGCACUUUUGAAAGCGUCAGACAGCUGUACCAAAAGCCAAGUAAUGAAUUCCUGGAGCUACAUUUCUGGGUGGCAUAAUUUCCCUUGGUAGCAAACCAGGUCUGUCUUCUGCAAAGCAGCUACUGACCAGAGCUGUCUAAAUUCACCUAAAUCCCGAAUGUGUUGAGCAGUGCUUUCCUGGGGAGGCCCAGAGUUGUCCAAAGAUGAUAUCCCCAUCUCCUUGUCAGCAUUUUCUGCACAAGAUGCCAUCUCCCAAACAAUAUUCUGCCCUCAGUGUUCAUGGGAGCCCUGCUCUGAUGGGCUAGAUUUGAGAGUAAAGUGCAUCUCCCAGCUUUGCAGGACUUUCCCUCCUUAUUUUCCUGUCAGCCAGGUGUGAGCCUGCCUGAAAGUCUGUCCUGUGGGUGUAAAUCUUGAGCCAGGCUGUGAUAACCCUUGUGCUUGGAGAGGUUACGGUGUAAGGAGCAGGUAAAUGUCAGGCUCCUGCUGGCACGGGUCUGUGCCUCGCUGGAACCAAGCCCUGCGUGGUUUGCUGGGGUUCCCUCCCUUCCCCUCUCAGGACAGGGAGCCAGCACAGUCUCUGGUUUGCAGUUGGCAGCAGGAUGGCGAGGCUGGCUCGUGCUCCUCUGGGAAUGCUGCAGCUGAGCUCUGAGCCCUCCGGAAGCGUUUGAGGCUCUGCCUCAGGUUCGGCUCCGUGCAGGUGAGUGUCAGGAGCUGGUGCCCUGUUCUUGGCAUCCUGCUGCUCUUUUCCCUCCCAUUCUCCCUGAUGAGGUCAUUCUUUCUACCUCUUGUCAUAUUACUUGCCUGUUUGAGUCCCUCUCUCCCUUUCCAAUAGCUUUCUGCUCUCCUUCUACCCUCACUUCAGUGCAUCUGAUGGAUUUUUUGGCAGAAACAUGAGCUGCUGCUCUGUCCAGUUCAGGCCACUUCAGCUCUGCCUGGUUUUUGUCCAGGUUUCUUUCCUAGGAUAGCUAGUGAGGGUUAGGGAGAGUGUUUGCAAAGCUACUUUCACCUCCUUGUCUGAAGCAUUGGCAAAGCUGCUUUCUCCUCCUUGUACCUCUGGCUGCAGGGCAGGGCAGAGGGAAGGCUGAGGAUAUGGAACCAGCUCUCUGAUGCCUAAGGGAACCUGUGUAGUCCUGUGAAGGAAUCCCAGCAGUUUGGUACGUGCUACAGGAGCGAGGCCGUUCCCACCCUCAGCAGGGAUUUCCCCUCCACAAACAGGCUGUGGCAUCAGCAGGAGCUUGGUACUGCUGCCAACUCACCUGUUCCUGUCCCACUGGAAAACCUGGAUGGGGGACCAGAGGUGUUCAGAAACCAGCUGUUGCUUGAUAGUGCUGUUAACCCUUUGGUCUUGGGAUUGCAGUCAACUGAUGGAACAGGCUGUUCCUUUGGCUUGGCACAUCUAUAUCCACCUGCCUCGUGUCUUGCUGGAUGGGGGCAGCAAUCAGGCAUGUUUUAUAAUGCUGUUAUUCUGUUGCCUGGGAUGUGUUGUUUAGGCAUCUGUAUUUGUGCAAGUGGGUCAGAAAUCCUGGUGAUGCUACCAGAUACAACCAUGGCUAGGAAAGGUCACCCACAGGUGAUAAAGAGAUAAAAAUUCCUUUCACCCCCAAUUCCGGGCCAGUGCUCGAUAUCUCUACUAGAAAUCCUCUUAUGGUGAGUGAGAAUUUCCGCUGCUUCUGCACUCCAGGCAGGAUUCACCAGAUGUUAAUAAUGUGCUUAUUUUCUCUAAGUGCUAUUUUGGCAUCGGUGUUAAUUACAAUUUAUAUUCUGCAACAUUUACACUGGGAAAAGAACCCACCCUAAUAGUCCCCAAUUGGCAGAGCUGGGCUAUUAAACACAGCUCCAUAUGUUCUGAGCGGAGCAAUGGUUGGGACUCGGAGCCCACUCAGCGCUCAGGCUCCUGCAGGAAGCCGUAGAGGAGAAGAGGGGAGCAGAGAGAUGGGUGUUCUGCUCCUGGCUUUUAUUUAAUAUGAAAUCCCCCCUCCUUUUCUCUGUUCUCUGUCCCCAUCUCUCCAGAAAUCUCCCUCCUGCUGUCUGUGAGCAUCUAAUGAGGUGAUCUCUGAGCCUGCUGAUGCUGCUGUCCAUAGUCUAAAAUAAAUGAAUUCAAUUCCAGAAGGUGCCCUUCUCACAGGGAGUGCCUCUGCAGGAUCCUAGUCCCUGCUGGCCUGUUCCUUGCUGCGCUCCAGAGCAGACCUCCAGGCUUUGGGAACUGCAGCAGAAGUCUUUGCUUUGAUCACCAACAAGGUGUCCACACUUCUGUGGGAGAAGGAUAUUCUGGGACAGGUGCUGUUAGUGCCUAAAAUCUGCUGUUGUUUGCUGCUCUGCUGACGUCCAAAGUCUUGUUUGGCGAAGUGGCAUUUGGUUCCUGCAGGCUGGGAGGCUCUGGAGUGACAGUGGUUUUGGUGUGGGGAAUUCGGAGUGGCUAAGUCAUCAGUAUUCCCCUGGCUUUCUUAGGAGCAGUGUAGGUUAAAGGAUUGCCUCCUCAGCUGUUUGCAAAGCUGAUUUCAUGGUCUCUUUGGGAAGUGACAGUGUAUCCACUGCUCCAUCUGGGGAAGGAGCUGUGUGGUGACAGCCUUUCCUCCCUUUGGAGAGCUUGGGCUGCAGUCGCUUGUUUGUCGGGGAGGGGGUUUGGCAGGAGGAGAUGAGAUUGGAGUGAGAGGAGAUAGGGCAGGAUGGAGUCACGGACCUCGCACUGGAAGCCAGACACACAUCAUGAGUCCUGGCCUCAGUUUCCUCACUUGUGGAAGGGAGGAGGCUCAUUUGCCUGGCAGGAAGCCCCCAGGGGUGCAAAAUGCUCUCUCCUCUGGGCGAGGUGUUGCUCCCUGGGGAGCACAGGGCAAGGCUGGGGCUGCCUCCUCCUCUGCCAGGUGUGUGAGAUCCUGGGGAGCAGAGCAGGACUGUCUCCUCACCUUGGUUUUCAGAGGUGUGAGCGUCCUGUGGUGGACCGUACACGUGAGGUGCUCGAUGCUUUCUCCCAGCAGCAUUUUUUAGGAUGGGGCGACAGAAACGUGAGACUUUUCCACUGACGGAGUGCAGAAGGGUUGUUUCACCUGCUUAAGGGAGAUGCAAUUCCCUCUUGGCCAGUCCCAACAGUGUCCAACCAAAGCUCCUCUCCCUGUCCACAAGGAGAGCGGUGCAGGAGCUGUGCUGGGUGUUGCAGAGGCGAAUCUCCUUCCACUGCAGCUCUCCUGCCUGUGUGAUGAGAUGCACAGGCAGCCGGGGUACUCCAGCAGGAGAAUCAUUUCCAUAGAAACCAAUUGGGAUCUUGUAUGGGGAAUAAUGAUUAAUAGUGAAGGGAUGUUGCCUCAGGCCCUUUUCAUUUUUUAGGGGCCAGUGAGGGACAAACUGGGGCACAGGUAAAGGGACAGGCAGACUCGAAAACUAAUGGAAACCAUCCCUUCCAUUAAUUUCCAGGGCAGCUUCCCCUCUUCUCCUCCUACCCAGCCCCCAGUGCUGCUUCCCAGCUUUCGUCAAAUUUUCAAAAUGGCUAACCUGGUUAGAAAUAAUCAUAAUAAUAAAAAAGGAUGGAUGAGGUCUGACUACUAACAUUGUUGCUGUUAGCAGCAGGAUUUCAGCCAUAAAACAUGAAGCAAGGGAGGCAUUGACCUUUCCACUGUUUGAAAUGAAUGGAGACAUCAAUAUCUAUUGUUUUGUGGCAUUGACCUCUGACGCUCUCGGUUCGCCCUCCCCUUUCUUUUUUUUUAAUUUCCCCCUGACACUCGAGGAAAGGGGUCAGUUUGUACCAUCUAUUGAUCCCGAUCUUACUUGGUGAUAGGGAAAUAAUUAGAAUUUUAAAGAUCUCUGCUGCAUGCUGGCGAAAUACAUACAGAGAGGCACAGGCUAAGCCCCUGCUUGCUGCGUUGCAUUCUCCCCCCUUCUUGCAGAGAUCCAAAGCUCUGAGAUCUGAAGGAAGACAGAUCAAUAUAGGUUUAAUCAUGAUGGGGGUUUUAUUUCAGUUUUUUAAAUGGUAAAGUGUAACGUUUUAUGUUAAUGUUGUCGGAGUCUGGCUGCCUGGUGCCUUGUUUUAUUUAUUCUUUUAAGUAGCCCCUUCUUUUGUGAACUUCAUCUAUGUACAGAGAAUGUGAAAUCAGGCAUUGCUAAUUAGCUGUAUGACAAUUAAGUAAUGUAGCACAAAACCAUUAGGACACUGGAUUUGUUUUUGAAGUUUGUCCUUUGAAGUGGAAGCUGCAACUCCCUGCCCAAGGCUGCUGGGGAAAAUGUUUUUCUAUCAAAACUUUCUUUGAAAAUAAAAUGUCAGUGUAAGAGUCCCUAUUUCUGUCAUCUCUCCCUCUAAACAGCGGGUGGAAAUUGUUUCUCCUUGUAAAAACUGCUGGCAUUGAUAGAAAAGGGGAAUUUAGGAAAGCAUUAAAUGGGUAGUUGGUCUCCAAACACCCUCAGUUCUGGUGAAGAUGUUACCAAAAAUGCUUGUUUGGAAGGGAAGGAAGGGUGCUGCGUUAGGAGAGAAGACCCAGCUCACGACCCUGGAGAUGGCAAAGGGAGGUGGCCCUAAAACUGUGGGUUCAGCUCUGACACCCCAAGUGCCAUCAAGGUGACAGUGUGGUCACAGACACCGACAGGCUCCUGGGUUCGGGCUCUCCAUCCGUGCGCUCGUUUGACACUUGUGUUUGCAUCUGGCCCUUUGUCCUCGUAGUGAGUCGAAUUCUGAAUGUGCAACUUUCAUGUACGCUGGUGGCAUGUAAAACUUCAAAUAAAGAGUGAAACAUUUGGAACCA